CAACCACCUCUGCUCUGACCUCUCUCCAUCUCUCUCUCUCCUCACCUUGUCAACGACCGAGCACACACAUCACUCUCUCUCUCUCUCUCUCUCUCUCUCUCUCUCUCUCUCUAGCUCCUCUGAGCCUGUGACAGCAUGAAUUUCUCGUCGUAUUUCUUCUCCUCCUCGUCGUCCUCGGCUGACAAGAAGUCGUCGUCGUCGUCGUCCAAGCGCCGGCAGCAGGCGGCGGCGCAGCCGCAGCCGGACGCCAACACGACGCGGUACCUGGGCGUGCGGCGGCGGCCGUGGGGCCGGUACGCGGCGGAGAUCCGCGACCCGGCCACCAAGGAGCGGCACUGGCUGGGCACCUUCGACACCGCCGAGGAGGCCGCCGUCGCCUACGACCGCGCCGCGCGCUCCCUCCGCGGCGCCCGCGCCCGCACCAACUUCGCCUACCCGGACCUCCCGCCGGGCUCCUCCAUCACCCCCUACCUCUCCCCGGACCUCACCUCGGGGGACAACGCCGGCCAGCUCCUCCAGCCGUUCUACGCCGACCCCGCCGCCGCGUCCCUGCCGGCGGGCCCGGCCGCGAAAGGCGGCGGUGACGCUGGAGGAUUCGGCGCCGCCGGCGACUACUACGCCUCGUACGGCGGCUACAGCGCCGACGACAUGUCCGCGCUGAUGGACGACCUCGCCAUACCAGAUGAUAUCCCCACCGAUGACUACGGCGUCGACGCCGGCGGCGCCAUGGACCUGUCCUCCGUGUACGGCGGCGGCGGCGGCGCCAAUGCCAGCGACGGCGCCGGCGGAGUCGGGUGGUGCGACGCGUCGGAGCUCAGCGCGUACGGCGCGUCGGCCGCCGCUUCGCACGGGGUCUACUUCGAGGAGGGGUACGUGCACAGCCCGCUCUUCUCGCCGAUGCCGGCCGUCGACGACGCCUGCGCCGACGGGUUCCAGCUCGGCGGCUCGUCCUCGUCGUACUACUACUGAUCGUCGGCGCCGCCGUACGUCCGCCCCGAUCGUCGACCGCCUCUGCGCCCGCCGGUGUGGACCGUGGCGUUGGUGAGUUGCUGGGUGCGCUUAGCAGUUUAAUUUACUUCGUCCUACGCGUGUCGUGAUUAAUAAUAAUAUAUCCCCUUCACUGUAUUCUGUCGCUUAUUGGGCCUCGAUCUCCCAUUGCUGGGUGAUCGAUGGGCUCUUUUACAUUGGGCCGUGCAGUCUUUUCUGCCAACUUUUUUCAUUUUGAUUUCUUUUUUUGGUACUUGUAUUAGUGAUAUGUGUAAAGAUUAUCUAUCAGUCGGCAUGCACUUGUGUGUUGCUGGCGCUUCAGUGUAAUAUCUGUCACGUUAUUAUAUGUACAUUUAUUUCCUCCAUUUUUGGAGUAUAUUACAGUGCGUAGUGACAGUGA